UUCAUAUUAAAUUUCCAAUAAUAGUUAUAUUACUAAUUAAUUAUUAUGGUGUUAUUUAUAAUUGGAGACCAGAGGAAAAAACGAAUGCUCAAAGAAGGAAUGGAUUCAUAUCACCUUGUCUAGUGGUAGUACUAGUAGUAGUAGUAGGGAGGAAUUCUGAGAAUUUGUCAUUCCCUUGAGUGUAUAUAAAACAUCGUUAGUGUAAAGAAAAAUAAUUGUACUUUACGGAAAAUCUACACAUUAAAUCAUAUAUCAUUUGUACUUGUAAAAAUAAUUAUUACGCAAUAAUAAUAAUAAUCGUAUUGCAAACAAAUAUAUAUACAUCAUAGACUGUGCUUAAUAUGGAAUUAUCUCCAGGUCAAAUCCAUUGUAGUGAUUCAGAAAUCAAUGAUAAAUUCCGCGUUAUUUCAAAUAAUGUUAAUCUGUCAUUACCGUUAACUCUACCGCCAACAUCAAUAUCAACGUCAACAAUGUCGACAAGAUUUGUUGUUCCUUCGUCAAUUCAUGAAUUUUGUCAACUGAGGACAUCAUUUAUGAUUCAUGAUAUUUUAGAGAAAUCUACACAAACUACUAUGAUUAUUAAUACUACUGAUAAGACAAACGAUAAACUUCAAAAUGAACAGUUUAAUUUAAUGAAUAACAUUGAACACAUUGAAUGUAGUAAUGGAGGAGAGGGAAAUUCGAAAAUCUCUCAGAAAGCCAUGUUAUCAUCAUCAUCAUCACCAUCAUUCAAGAUAAAAGAAUAUAAAGAGGAUAGUAAACCUGGAAUGAAAAGAAAAUAUUUUUUAAAUGAAAAUGAGUUAAAAAACACUCGACGAGAAGUCUCAGAUUCAAUACUGUCGACAAACAAUGAAGAGUUUAGUCCAGAGUCAAAGUUACUGGCGGCAAAGAUUAUUUCACAUUGUAUUGAUGGGUGUUCACAUAAUUCAUUUAAUAAUCAUAAAGGAUCCUAUUGCAUAACAGAUUCUAUUGAAGAUAACAAAACCAAUUUAAGUGAAAAUCAGUUGGUCGCUCAUUUAGUACGCCGUCCUACAGCAGAACAAGGAGAAGAAGGCGAUGGCGAAGGCGAAGAAGGGGAAGGGGAAGGCGAAGAAGACGAUGACAACGAUGAUGAAAGAAGUCCAGAUGUAGAUUCAAGUGAAUCUAUAUACUCUGAAAAUUCAAUAGAUCCACAUCAGUUGAAUAAAUCAUUUCAACAUUGUAGUCCACAUAGUAAUAUAAUAAUGAACAAAAAAUCAUUGACAACAUCAAAAAUGAAUCACCAUCAUCUGCAUUCAUAUCAUCAUAAUUUAAAAAGUUGUGAUUAUCACAGCGGGAUGAAGAAGUCAAAGAAACCGCGUAAAGCAAGAACUGCUUUUACUGAUCUUCAGUUGAAUGAACUGGAAAAAAUGUUUGAUCGACAAAAAUAUCUUAGUGUACAAGAUCGUGUUGAAUUAGCGGAGAGAUUAAGGCUAACUGAUACACAAGUGAAAACAUGGUAUCAAAACAGAAGAACAAAAUGGAAACGUCAAACAGCUGUGGGUUUCGAGUUAUUGGCUGAAGCUGGAAAUUUUGUAGCCGUCCAGCGUAUUCUACAAACUAAUCCAUAUUGGGCAUAUCAUCCAGCUGCACAAACCAUCUUAGCCAAUAUGGAGGCAAUUAUGAAAAGUCGGACAGAUAUAGAAACAGCCUACGAUUUAAGUGCUAAUAACAAUAAUAAUAAUAACAGCAACAACAAGAAUACUAGUAAAGAUAUGAAAUCAAAUGCAUUUCGGCAUAUGAUUUCUCAUGAUGAUUGCGCUGCACAAGAUCAAGAUUUACUGCCGGUGAGUAAAGAUACGCCUUGUUCUUUUAAAUCAAAUGAAACCAAUGUUCAAACAAUGUCAAUGUCGGCGUCUUCUUUAAACUCAAAGCAUACAACAGCAUUACAACAAGACAACUGUGAAAAGUUGAAAUCUCCUCAAAGUGAAUCUCAAUUCACUACAGAAACUUCUAUCAGUGAUAAAACUUAUCCUAUGACAAUUAUGACAAAUAAUAAUAAUGUCUGUUCUUUAGAUUCUAUAGAUACAACGCUAAGCCAUCCCUCAGUAUUUGAACUACCUGAUUGGUGGCCUUUUAAGUCAACUUUUAAAGAUUUAAUACAAAAUCAAAAUUUAAAACUACAAGAUGUCGGGUAUACAGGUGUACAGACGAAAUCCAGCUGUAUAUCUUCUCUAUCAAUUUCUUCUAAUUCUAGUCCUUCAUUAUCAUUGUUCCCUUCUAAAACUUUACCGUCAACAACAUCGUCAUCACUGUCGUCAUCAUCAGCAUCAUCAUCGUGUAGUUUUAGUCAAAAUCUGUUAAUGACAGCUGCGGCUAAAUUAUUACAUUUAAAUCUACCAAUUGAUUCUACCCUAUUCAAACUGAAUAAUCUUAAUUGUUUAUGGCCGAAUGGAUCAUUGAAUUUAUGUUCAGAUUUAUCCACGUUGAGUACACAUGAUUUAUUGUCGACAAACCAGAAUGUCACUACUUUAUGA